CGCUAAUGCAGCCAAGCUACGCUGUUCAAUGCGAAGAAGAAAAGUGUCGUCAUCAAAAAGCGACCAACUGGAUGGCGCGGUAAUUUGAAAAUAAAUGUCGGACAGCCCAGAGCAGAUGUUUGACAUUCAAGCUGUGUUGCAGCGUUGCGACCCCGCCCUCCUGGGGCCGUGGGACGAGGGGGAUGAGCGAGACCCCGGAGGAGACAAGCUCCUCUUCCUCCAGGAGCGGCGGCGUGUGCAGAAGGUCUUGUGGCGUCAGCUGUUUGUUUUGGACUCCAUGAUGAAUAAGAUCGAGGGACUUGAAUCUGCCCAGCAAAUUCUGACACAGCCCUGUCCUCAACCAGAGGGCGGAGCUCGAGGCCGCUGGAAAGCGUUAAAGGCGGAGUGCAAGUUGAGGGUGGAGCAGACCGAGGAGAUGCUCGCCACGCUGGAGCAAAACAUGCAAACGAUCAACGAGAAACGACGCAAAGUCGCACAGCUGCAUCAGCAGCUGCAAGCCGAGAAGAAACAGAGCGGCGACGUGCAGGCGUGCGUUCAGAAGGCCCGCAAAACGUUGCGGGCAUACGAUGGGCGGCUGACUCGGAUGAGGGCGGAGCUGGAGCCGGAGCUCGGCCGUUUGGCCGACUGGCAACUUUCCAGAGAGGCUUCGCAGGCGUACCUGGAGGCCGCCAACGGGCUCGGGCACGUCCGCCUGCUCUCCUUCGACCGCUCGGAGGUGUCUCUGGAACUUGCCAACGUGAGCCUGGCAGCCAAAGAACCGGAGCGGCUCAAGCUGUCCAUUAUUUGGAGCCCCAAGGACCGCUUCGCGCUUCAGAUUGACCCGACGAGCUCGGCAAGCGUGCUCCAAGAAGCCGUGUCGGGCAGCGUCGCCGAGCUCAGUCCUGCCCUGUUGGAGGUGGUCCACAACUACAUGGGCCAGGCCGACCUGCUCGCCGAGAUCCAGAGCCUGAGAGACAGGUUCGCCAUCGACUGGCAUCCUGCUCGGCGCUUGCUGGUGUACCUCAAGUCGGCAACGACCUUGUGCCACCUGGAGGUGCAGGAAGGGUACCCCGACAGCGGCGCCAUACGCCUGCGAGACGUACAAAGAGACGGACAGCCCGUCAACACCGCCGCGCUGCAGCGUGGAAACCCGCUUUGCAGCCUCACUGAAUGGCUCGUUUUUCUCUGCAACAGUCCUCACGUUUGAUGGUUCGACAAUUAUCAUCAUGUCAUCUGUCAAAAUAAUAUUUAAACAAAACAGCUGGCAAAAAUGUAGUCAUGUCAUGUGAUGUGUAUGUACAAAUUGUGUAGAAGGUCAAUAAAAACAGAAUGCAAUGUU